AUGCCUUCCACUGCCAAGGCCCUGCGGGAUGCUCGGGGCGUGUCACUGUGGGGGCUCUGCCUGUGCACGUGCUUCCUCGCCGUGAGUCUGAGAGCCCAAUUCACGCGCAGCGGAGAAGUUUCCUUGUUCGGCUACCAGGACGAUCACAGGAUUUUCGCUCCACUUGAAGAAUUCAGGGCUGGGUCAGGGCCGCAAGGCAGCCCGGAAGCUUUCGGAGGCGGAGAAUCCGGGGAUGCCGGCCCGUCGGACAUGCAUGGCGACAGGAUCAAGAUGAAGCUCGAGAGGCUGCAGAAGGAGCGAAACCUGUUGGAGAAGAGGAAGUGGGAUAUUCUCGGUUCGCUCACAAGGGAAAGGGACUCGGCUGCCAUCGAGGUCGCGCAGAAGUCGAACGAGCUCCACCGUCAGCGGCUUGACUCAGCGCUUGAUCGAGCCAAGGCCAGGCAGAAGAGGCUGCAUGAUCGGGCGCAACGGUACUACGAGGCUGACCAGCAGGCACGUCAGAAGGGGAUCGAGCGGUAUGUGUCGCAGAGUGAGGAGCGAGGGAGGAGGCUCAAGGACCUCGACGACUUGCUCGUAGACGCGAAACGCGCUGGAGGACGCGGGGAUGUGGCUGCUGUGAAGCAGAAGUACGACAUGGAGGUCAACCGGCUCAUUGGUGAACUUGCCGUUGACGCCUCGAGGGUGAACAACGUGGAGGAACGCGACGCCAUGCUUGGAAGGAUCCGGGAGCUUGACGAGCUCAUUAACAGAGGGCCGGAUGACAGCGAGGAGAGCGAGUCCGGGGCCUCUCCUGCCAGCAGGUACUUCGUCGACGAUUACACUCGAUAUGCUGCGAACGUGCGAGCGAGGGCGCCAGUGGACCCACAAGGGAUCAGAAUUAUCCCAGUAGCCUAG